AUGACUAAAAAGACCCCAGACGAGUAUCAAGUGGAAUACGACUCCCGUCGAGGUAACGAAUACUCGAGAUUCCAUGGUUACACAUACGAUGGCAUCUGGGCAGUGGCUCUGGCGAUCCAACAUGUAGCACGUAGAAUCCGGCACUUUAGAAGAAAUCAAACGGUUGCUGACUUCAAGUACCGGGAUCCACUUUGGGAAAAGCUCUUUCUCGAAGCUCUGAGGAACACUAGCUUCGAAGGAGUUACUGGUCCCGUUCGGUUUUACGACAACGAGAGGAAGGCCUACAUCCUGUUGAAGCAAUUUCAAAGUGGCAGCGAGGUCAAAGUAGGCGAGUACGAUGGUGUCACUGAUACUCUGGAUCUACACCGAGGUCAGCCGAUGGUCUGGCGUGGUCGAUCGCCCCCAAAGGACCGAACCGUUCACGUCAUCGAGCACUCAACUGUCAACAUCACUAUUUACGUGACGAUCGCUUCCGUAGCUAGUGUAGGUAUUUUGCUGGCUGUGGUGUUUCUCGCCAUCAACAUCAGAUACAGGAAUCAAAGGUACUUGGGAUACAUUCCUGUUUACUGCUUUGCGCAGUGUAUGGAUGAGAGCUUGUAUGUAUGGAGGAAUGUGGUUGCGAAUGGGGGUGAGCUAGAUCUGUUGAUAGGUGAUGGUUGA